UACAGAGUCGAGGUGGUUGGAUCCUUCGCGGCCUGGUGGAUUGUUUUAUGUUAAAAAAAAGGAAACGUAACGUUAUAAAGUAUCUGUUACUCCGUGGACUGAUUAUUACACUACAUCGAAGCCACUACAAAGCCUCCGUCAUAUGAAACGGGCUGCAAAGUCGGAUGGAAGGUCUGGACUAAAGCUCUGCUGGACAGAAGACGGAAACACAAAGUAAAAGAAGAAAUAGCUGAAUGACCAUGGCUUACUCCAACUACAGCAGCCUGAGCAGGGCUCAGCUUACCUUUGAGUACCUGCACACUAAUUCGACAACCCACGAGUUCUUAUUUGGAGCCUUGGCAGAACUUGUUGACAAUUCAAGAGAUGCCAAUGCCACACGUAUAGACAUAUACACAGAAACAAAUCCAGAGACGCGGGGGGGCUACAUGCUCUGUUUUCUGGAUGAUGGUAUUGGAAUGGACCCAAACGAGGCUACCCAUGUUAUUCAGUUUGGAAAGUCAAGCAAACGAUCCCCUGAGUCAACUCAGAUUGGCCAAUAUGGAAACGGAUUGAAAUCUGGCUCUAUGCGUAUCGGGAAAGAUUUCAUCCUGUUCACGAAAAAGGGCGACACACUCACCUGCCUUUUCCUGUCAAGGACUUUCCAUGAAGAAGAAGGACUGGAUGAGGUGAUAGUGCCCCUCCCUUCCUGGGAUCUGAAGACCAAAGAGCCUCUAACCUCUGAUCCAGAGAAGUACGCUAUAGAGACAGAGCUGAUCUUCAAAUACUCACCUUUUAAGAAUGAACAGCAGCUGAUGGAGCAAUUCAACAAAAUAGAAAGUAGCAGUGGAACUCUCGUCAUCAUCUAUAAUCUUAAGCUGAUGGACAACGGAGAACCUGAGCUGGAUGUAGAGACAGAUCAUCAGGAUAUUCUAAUGGCUGGGACAAUAGCAGAAGGAGUGAAGCCUGAAAAGAGGUCUUUCAGGGCUUACGCUGCUGUGCUGUACAUUGACCCACGCAUGAGGAUUUUCAUCCAGGGGCACAAAGUCAGGACCAAGAGAUUGUCUUGUUGUCUUUAUAAACCAAGGGUUUAUAAAUACUCAUCGACUCGAUUCAAAACACGUGCUGAGCAGGAAGUGAAGAAAGCAGAUCACCUUUCUAAGAUCGCGGCAGAGAAAGCCAGAGAGGCAGAGAGCAAGCGCAUAGCUUUGGAGACCAGACUAGGAGACGACGUGUCGAAAGAGUCAAGGGCAGUUUUGAGAAAGGUUCAAGAUUCAGCCAUGAUGCUUCGAAGGGAUGCGGACAUGAAGAAAAUGAUUCUUGAGGCCAAACAGAAAGCACUGAAGGAGCCCAAGGAGCUGAACUUUAUAUUUGGAGUGAACAUUGAACAGAGGGAGCUGGAUGGGAUGUUUGUGUAUAAUUGCUCACGUCUUAUCAAGAUGUACGAGAAGACAGGCCCACAGCUGGAGGGAGGCAUGGCCUGUGGAGGUGUGGUUGGAGUCGUUGAUGUCCCAUAUUUAGUUUUAGAGCCAACUCACAACAAACAAGACUUUGCAGAUGCAAAAGAGUAUCGACAUUUACUGAAAUCGAUGGGGGAGCAUUUAGCUCAGUACUGGAAAGACACUAACAUUGCUCAAAAAGGAAUUGUGAAGUUCUGGGAUGAGUUUGGAUACCUGUCUGCCAGCUGGUCAGCACCACCAUCAUCAGAGCCUAGAUACAAGAGACGUCGAGCCAUGGAGAUACCCAUUACUAUUCAGUGUGACAAAUGUUUGAAGUGGAGAACGCUGCCUUUCCAGAUGGAUGCUGUGGACAAACGCUACCCUGACAGCUGGGUUUGUCUCAUGAACCCUGACAGCACUCAGGACAGGUGUGAUGCUCCUGAACAGAAACAGAAUUUUCCUUGUGGUGUUCUGAAGAAGGACAAGCAAACAGCUGAAGACAAACAGAAAGAGCUGGCAGAGAAAAUCAAGAAUCAGCAGGAGAAACUUCAGGCACUGCAGAAAACCAACACCAUCAAAUCUGCAGCAGAUAUAAAGAAGCUACCACUGGAGGUCAGCACGAAACCAACAGAGAGCACCUCUCAGGCAACUAGGUCUUCUGAAAGGUCCAUAACACGCCCUCGCUCCCCACCUCUCCCAGCUCACCUCAAAAAUGCCCAGAGUACCCCACCAUCCCGUGCAGCUUCCCAGCGCACCACUCGGACACCCGCCCCUCCGCCUCCCAAAGUCGAUACAUCCAGGUCGAGAGCUGCAGCAAAGCCUCCUCCACCUUCAGCAAAGCCUGUACCCAAAGCCUCUGCCAAAACACCCCCACCUAGCCGCAGCUCACGGACACCCGCCAAAGCAUCACCAAAACCAGCAGCUCCUGCACAACGCAAGAGAAUCAUAGAGGAGGACAGCGAAGAGGAGGAGGAAGAAGAAGAAGAAGAGGAAGAGGAGAAGGAAGACGAUGAGAGUGAGGAGGAGAGCGAAGAGGAACAACCACAGACUAAGAAAUCUAAGAUGGCUGCAGCAGUCGCUAACCGUGGAAAAGUGGUCGAGAAAGCAACACCUCCAAAACGUGGCAAGCUGGAUGAGGUCAACAAACGCUCACAACCCGAGAAGAAAGGAGUUUCUACUCCCACACAGCAGACGCCGACCACACCGUCCUCUGGCCUUAAAUCUAUUUCCAUGCAGCCGCAUGUUGCUAAAGCAAAGGCACCUGAGAAGCCACCACAGCAGGAACCAGAGAGCGACCCUAAAAAUGAUAAGGGUCUGCUAGUUGAAGUACGUGUCAACAAGGAGUGGUACACAGGCAAAGUCAUCGCUGUGGAGGCAAAUAAACAAAGUGUGCGCUGGAAGGUGAAAUUUGACUAUGUGCCUCGAUCCACUCCUAAAGACAGAUGGGUGUUCAAAGGCAGCGACGAGGUCCGACUGAUGCGGCCGCCAUCUCCCAUCUCUCAGACGCCUGACACCCAACAGGAGACCGAAAAGGGCCCAGCACCCAUGGAGCCAGACACGACUCAACCAGGAACCAGCCGAGAGGUGACAGAUAGUCUGGUCACCAUGCUAAGGACAAUGCUACGUUACUUCUUCCCUCCUGCUUUUCGGAUUCCAAAAGAUGAUGUUAACAGCAUGACGGCUGAGGAGUUGGUGGCCUUUCCUUUGAAAGAGUAUUUCCAGCAGUAUGAGUCAGGUCUGCAGUCCUUGUGUAACUCGUACCAGAGCAGGGCAGAUGCCAGGGCCAAAGCUGUGGAGGAGAAGAGCAACAGCACUGAAGUCAAACUGAAGGAGGCAGACGAGAAACUUCAAAAGCUACGAACAAACAUUGUGGCACUCUUGCAAAAAGUACAAGAGGACAUUGACAUCAACACAGAUGAUGAGCUUGAUGCAUACAUUGAGGACCUUUUAACCAAAGGUGAUUAAAGCAGACAAAACUGAGAGAAGAGGACCUGCACAUAAACAGACUGGCAGUUUUCUUUCCAGCAGUUGCUUGCUGUUGGCUCUCCCCAAGGACUCAUGCUCAUGUGCAUAGUUGGCUGGGCAUAUUUGGGGAUAUUUUCAUUAUUGAUCCCUCCACUUCUUAAAUCUGAUUGUCAUCUUUUUUCAUUUGUUUAUUCAUACUCUUUCAGUUUCUGCAUUGUUGGUUAGCCUUCAGGCCUGUUUUUUUUUUUUCUUUAGUUAUUUUUAUAUCGCUGCUUAUAAAUGUUAGUCAGUGUUUAAGCCAUUCUUUCCUCAUUGAUCUUUAAAGUUGUUUGUAUAGGCCUAAUACAAAUUUUCUCCCUUCUAAAAGUCGACUAAUGCUGAUUAAACUGUGGAGUACAUUUGUUGUUGUUUUGGUCGAUAGGUGAGAAACAGACACAAAGUGACCCAAGACUUGGGCUUGACUGGUUGGUGUUCUGCACCCCUGACUGUACUGAAGCAUUAACAUUUAUUUUUUUACACUAAAAAUACUUCAGUGUUUCCCAUUACCUUUACCAAGUUAAUGUUUUACAGUUGGGUGAUGUGUUACACACACACAAAUAAGGUCUUCUUACUGGGUUUUAUCAGUAUGAUUAUUCUCUCAUACCCCUCGAUUUAAACCAAGACUGUUCUGUGUUUAUUUUAUGGAGAGAAAACAUUCUCAUUUAAAUGCAGACAUUGUUCAAAAUUAUUUAGUGCCUGUGUCCUUCUUUUUGAACAGAUUUUUAACAUGUCACAGAAAAGGUUUUAUUAAACAGUGCAUGCUUCAGUCUUUAUGUUCUGAUUGGAACAAAGGAUUCUGUAUUUUUGACAAAUGUUUACCCAAAACAAUAAAACAGGUUCAGCAACAA